UUCUAGUUAUUUCUAUAAUUGAUUAUCCCGAGAUAAUUACUGUUUUUUAAUGCUCUUUUUUAUUAUUUAUUUAUGUAAUACCGACCUUGAUAUAAAUUUGUCAUUUUAAGGACUUUUAGGUUAUGUUUGGUAAAUUCACGGUACGGUAAUUUUCAGUGGUUUUCUUUCUGCAGAGAAUAUAGUUUCCCAAAAAUUCAACCUCAUCGCAUCAACCUGUAGAUUUCGUAACAUAUUUCUAAAGUCUGUUAUUUCUGGGUAUUUCAUUCUCCUCUUUCAAGAAUUAAGCAACGUUUAUCUACAAAAAUUGGUUUUUGAUGUGGAAAAAGAAACCAAAAACCAACAAUGGCUCCUAGACAAAAAUAUAUCGAGAUACCAGAUUUAGAGUUGCCAUCUCCGCCGCCAAGUCCUGUUUUUUCUUCCGACGAAGAAAAUGCAAUUCAACCUGAAUAUUUUUUAAUCUCAAAUCCAAGACGCUCGUUCGUCACAGAUCAUAUUGACGGUUUGGAAGCCAAAAUGCUGAUAAUAUGCGAAGAUGUCGAACAAGAAAUUUUGACCUACAAUCACUUUCCAGACGAUUGUACUGUUCAAGACCUGAUAGACGGGGCUCAGUUAAGUAUACCACCAAAUUUUAAAAUGGUCGUUUCUCUUGUAACUGAGCGACAAGACGGAGUAAAUUACAUAAUAGAUGUUAUGGAAGACAGCAGAGAUCUUCGUGAAAGGUACCCCACUUUAGCAGGUCGCAAUCCGGAUGCGAUCACCUUCGAUACAGACUCGCCAGCAUCGCCCGAGAGUAAUUACGACCGGGGACUUACAGAAGAGUCGCCAGCAUCGGAGGAGAAUCCUUUUGAUAGAACAGACAAAGCGUCGUCCGAUAGCAGUGAAAUAGAUACUCCAAUAACACCAAGCUAUAUGCCAACGCCGAUAAGCUACACACCAACAGUUCCGGGAUAUUCGCCAGCGUCUCCAGGUUAUACCCCAACGUCGCCAAGUUAUGCGCCCGCAUCGCCAUAUCCCCUCGCGUCGCCAGGCUACACGCCAGCAUCGCCAAGCUAUUCGCCAGCCUCGCCAUAUACGCCCGCGUCGCCAGACUAUUCGCCCACCUCGCCAACUUCCCGCGAAUGGCAAGCUUAUUCACCAACGUCGCCAAGUUUUACGCCAUCAUCGCCAGAUUAUACGCCAACGCCGAUAAGCUAUAGACCAUUGUCGCCAAGUUAUGCGGCACCAUCGCCAGUUUAUUCGCGAGCAUCGCCAACUUAUUCGCCAGCCUCGCCAACUUAUUCGCCAGCCUCGCCAUACACACCCACCUCGCCAUAUACGCCAACAUCGCCAAGCUACUUGCCAGGCUAUACGCCAACGCCGAUCAGGCCAACUGUCCCGCGUUCUACGCCAGCAGUGCCAAGUUAUUCGUGCGCAUCGCCGGGUUAUACGCCAGUAUCGCCAACCUAUUCGCCAGUAUCGCCAACCUAUUCGCCAGCAUUGCCAAAUUAUUUAUUUGCGGCGCCAUAUACACCAGCAUCGCCAACUUAUGCGCCAUCGUCGCCAUAUACGCCAAGUUAUAUGCCAACGGAUCCAACUUAUUCGCCAGCGUCCCCGCCUUAUACGACAGGAUCGCCAACUUACUCGCCAGCAUCGCCAACUUGUACGGUGGCAUCGCCAAGUUAUUCCCCAGCAUCGCCAACAUCACCAACUUAUUCGCCAGGAUCGCCAAGCUAUUCGCCAGCGUCUCCCGAAAAUCCGUUCGAGAGAGGAACAACUGCUCAAGAGAUCCGAGAUGCCCUUCCGUUUUAUCGGCCAGAACUGAAGACGGAAAUCAAGAACGAAUACGCUAGACCAGUGAGUGACGCUAACUUCGAGACGGAUACACCUCUUUCGCCCGAAAAUCCCUACGACAAAGGCGAAGUCUGAAGAAGUAAAGUAGCUAUAUUAAUAAAAUUGCGAUUGUUAUCCUGAGUUUAAAAAAA